AUGAACAACUUCAGUUUCUUCACUGAGUUCAUCUUUCUUGGGCUGUCUGCUGCCCCUCACAUCCAGGCUCUGCUCUUUGUGCUGUUCCUGGGGAUUUACCUCCUGACCCUGAUGGGGAAUCUGGUGAUGAUCCUGGUGAUCAGAUGGGAUUCUCACCUCCACAUCCCCAUGUAUUUCUUCCUCGGACACCUGUCCUUCCUAGAUAUCUGCUUCUCCUCAGUUACCAUGCCCCAAAUGCUACAGAACUUUCUGUCUCAGAAGAAAAGCAUCUCAGUGUGGGGCUGCAUUACCCAGAGUUUCUUUUUUCUUCUCUCUGGGUGUGCUGAAGCCAGUCUUCUCUCUGCCAUGGCUUAUGACCGCUAUGCUGCUGUCUGUCACCCUCUGCUCUAUACCGUUGUCAUGAACAGGCCUCUCUGUACUACAAUGGUUAGUGUAGCAUGGGUGAUAGGGUUUCUGAAUUCACUAGUAAAUAAUCUUUUCAUCCACAAGUUAUAUUUCUGUGGGUCCAACAUCAUCUCCCAUUUUUGCUGUGAGUUACCUUCACUAUUCCCUCUGUCCUGUACUGAUCCCACUGCCAAUGAGUUCCUUCUGUCAGGGUCCAGUAGUGCAUUUCUGGGACUGCUGACACUUCCCCUGAUCCUGUUCUCUUACUCCAGAAUCAUAUCUGCCAUUCUGAACAUUCGCUCCUCUGAGGGCCAAGGCAAAGCCUUCUCCACCUGCUCCUCCCACCUCACUGUUGUGCUCUUGUUCUACGGGACAGCUCUAUUCAGGUACAUCAGUCCCGCCUCAGGCUCAGCGUUGGAGCGAGUGGUCUCCAUUCAGUACAGUGUGAUCACAUCCUUGCUGAACCCCCUCAUCUAUAGCCUCAAGAACCAGGAGGUGAAGGCAGCUCUGCAGAGGAUGCUGAGGCAACAAACGUGUGCCACAGGGUAAGAAAAAGCUGUGUGACUCUGCUC